AUGUCCGCAUCGCUCCAAGGCUACGCCGUCUUCCGUCGCCUCUUCUCUUCACGCGUGACCCUGGAGUCGUCUUCGUCAUCGUCGCGGCCUCUUCGCUCCGUCAGAAGAUCCUUUGUACUCGGCAGACCUUUCUCCGCGAUGGCGGCGGCCAAAUUCGAUGCCCCAGCCGACGGUGGCACGGCGCCGAAGCUCCUGUUCCGGCAGCUCUUCGAGAAGGAGUCCUCUACCUACACCUACUUGCUUGCCGACGUGGGGCAUCCAGACAGGCCGGCCUUGGUGAGUUGGUCUGAUCGUUCAUUUCUCUGUUAUCCUCAUUCCAGCAAAGUUUCCACUGUUAGGGUGCUUUCAUCCUCGUGAGGGUGAUAUCGUCUCGUAGGAUUUUGAUUUGAGGAGUUUCUAAGAUCUCUCUCUCUCUCUCUCUUUCUCUAAGACUGGUCAGAUCUUCUUUUCCUCUAGAAACUCGUCCUGUACGAUGUUGCACUCUGGGAAUGUGAUAGACCCGCGAUUCUCAGUACCCCAGCAGCGUCUGGAUCUGGGCAUGAGAUCUAUGGUUAUUGAAGACUGACGACUCAAGAAGAGGAUCCGUCAGCGAAGAGAUUUGACGACGUUUUUGGGAAUCCUUCAGAGACGAAAGUAGAGGAGAGGCUCCGCGGAAUGGGGCAUCACGAAACCUCCUUUUUGCUGGGGAUGAAGAUGAUGAGGAUUCAAAAUACUUCCCAGAAAGAAAGAAGCGGGUGGUCAAGGGGGGGCUUUAAGGAGGGAGGGAAGAUUCCAAGGGCCACCCUACUUCUCUCAUGGUCCGUGCUCCUCUUGGUGCGGCUGGUUCCGCUUCAGAUUACUCGAGUAGAAAACUUGCCCUCUUCUCUGGCAUUUACCAGAACGAGAUUUAUGUAUCAUUCUUUCCUGAAAAUGGCAGAACUAGUGCUCCCUUGGUGGAAGGAGUAGCAGAAAUUUAUCUCUGAAAUGAAUCGAGGUGAAAACUAAACAUGAUGUAUGGUUCAUCAGUGCCUGUCCUAGCCUCCAUUAUUUGCGGAAGCAAAAUGAAAAAGAAUGUAGAUAAGAGGCCUAAAGCUUCAUAUUAGUGUAUUGGUAGUUCUUUUAUUUUUCCACUCUUUUGUUCAAGGUUGGACUAUGACUCCGAGGCAAUAUUUUUUGCUGGAUUUUUUUCUUCGAUUGAAGCUUGUUUAUGAUUUUUCUGCUGAUUAGAAUAAUUUCUUGACAGUUGAUCGAUCCAGUGGAUAAGACUGUGGAUAGAGAUCUCACUUUGAUGAAAGACCUGGGUCUGAAGCUUGUAUAUGCUAUGAACACUCAUUGUCAUGCUGACCAUGUCACUGGAACGGGCCUAAUAAAGGUCAGUUACAAUUACUCAUCUUCUGUCCAGUGGAAUGUUCUAUUUUAGGCUUCUAUAUGUUGACAUUCUCCCACUUUAAAUGUCCGUGUUAAGAUAAAAAUGCCAGGUGUGAAGUCCAUCAUUUCCAAAUCAAGUGGUGCGAUUGCUGAUGCUUAUAUUGAGCAUGGUGAUAAAGUAUAUUUUGGUAACCUGUUUCUCGAGGUAUGUAUAUCCUAUUGCCUGACUAAAUACUUUAGUCUGCUAUUUCUUUUUCUUUGGCUUCUUCACUGUAAAAUGGCUUUACAUUCCGAACGGUCCAUCAGGAUGAGGAGAAGGGAGUAAAACAGCGUUAAUCACCUUCUAUUGGAUUAGGAUACGAUGUAAUGCAAUGAUUUGCAAUUACAAACAAGGCUUCAUUUUUUUUUUUGCUAUGGUUCCGAAAUGAUAAAAUUACAAAGCUUACAUAUAUGUGAACUACGAUGCAGGAUGAUACAUGAUAAUUUAGCUAUUGAUCUUCAGUAGGGUUGCAGGAGAGAUGCCAAAAACUCAAAUUCUUACUCGUUUAUGCCUGAAAGUUUUUGUUUAUAUGCCCCCAGAUCCUCGCAUCAUACACAAUGUGAUCUAGAUUUGUGCAAACUAUGAACUACGUUCCAGUUUAAAAUUACUGUUCAUUGCGCAGGCACUUUCAUCAGUCUAAGUCCACGGUUUCAUGAAAUAGACAAAAAAAUCUUACAGUAUGUGGAGACCUGAUAAACUCACUGGCCUUUCUCUAGUGCCGUAUGUGUCAUAUCUCGGAUGGAUCCACAGUUCUCGGCUGCCGACUACAUAAUGAAUCCGACCCUUUUGUUUGAACCUGAAAUUUUUUGAGUUAUGAAUUGGUUUUACCGUGUGCAUGAUCAGAGUUUCGACCUGAUGGAGAACAGUUUGCCACGUUUUAUUUUACGACUGGACUGUUAGAACUAACUAAUCCUGUAGGGACUUGAAUUUCUAUAAAUAGCAACACAAAGCACGAUACAGUCCUGCCACUUUGUCAUCCACUUGCUGGGGCUGCUGCCCUGUGCCUGCUGUUGACAUUGUCAUCCGAUGAAACCCCGUCCAGUAUCAACUUGUUCUAUGCUCCAUGAGGAACAAAUUUGUCGACCCGCACAUAAAUCGUUUAAACCCUUAAGUUUCUAGGGGAAAAUGGAUUAUGGGUGAGAAGAAAUUCGACAAAAAAAAAAAGAAAAAUCUUUCCUCGUUCAUGGUGACAUAUUUGUCCUUGCUGGCAGGUGCGCGCUACCCCUGGUCACACCGCUGGCUGUGUAACAUAUGUCACAGGCGAUGCACCUGACCAGCCCCAGCCGAGGAUGGCUUUUACUGGCGACGCCUUGCUGAUUCGUGGCUGCGGAAGGACCGACUUUCAGGUGCCCAUCUUGACAUAUCUCUGAAAGAUUAAGUAACGGUGCAGCUCUAGAAAAACUCCCAUAAUAGUUACCAAAACAAGACGGAAAUCAUGUCAAGUUCUUGAAGGAAUAGCCUCUCCUGCACUAACUUCAGCCUAUGCUGUCAUUUUUCUAAUUUAUUAAUUGUGUUCUGUAUUCGGAUUUGGAAAUCCAGACAAUGCAUUCUUUUGGAAUUAAGUAAAUAUUAUAAAAAAAAGGAACGCCUGCACAUUUAUAGCACAGAGUGGAUUAUCCUCGAUCUAACCGGGUUGUGGUUUUAUGUUAAACAUGUUCCGCACAAUGCUGAUUUGGAUUGUUUUUAGAAGUAAUUAUUAAUAUAAAAAUGACUUUCAUGCCGUUGUACGGCCCCCAGAGUUUACUAAUUAUGGCUAACCCAGGAUGAACAUUUCGAAUGUAUCUAAACCGCAUCAGUCCAAGAUUAUGCAGAUUUGAAUUUUCAUGCUGAUUUCUUCCUCAAUGCCAUGAUUUUAGUCGAUUUUAGCGGUGAUUAUGCGUUGACCAUUGGGUAGUACGGACUUCAUGCCUCCGGAGAUUUUUUUUUUUUUAAUCUUAGAAUAAGUUGCCCACGAAGAUACCCUAAAUUUUCAACAUGCAUAUAUGCAUACAUGCGUACUUAUCAUGGUGUUCACCCGUGAAUGUAAUGUGGAUCUUUUAUGCAGGGAGGGAGCUCAAGCCAGCUCUAUCACUCUGUUCAUUCACAGGUGAGAGAAGAGAAAAUAAAAAAAAUAGAAAAUAAAGGAGAGAAAAAAAGUAUUUUCAUAUGCUCACUAGUUAUUACUGUGAUUAAUGGCCAGAUAUUCACCUUGCCCGGAGACACGCUGCUCUAUCCCGCUCAUGACUACAAGGGCUUCACGGUCAGCCCCAAUAAUACCCUAUGCCCCUUCCUUUUUAUUUAUUUAUUUAUUUAUUCAUUUCAACUGCCCUUCAUCUUCUUCCUCGAUAUUAGGGUUCUUCUUUCCUCCUGCUUAAUCUGCUACUCUCUCUCUCUCUCUCUCUACCCAGGUUUCUACGGUGGAGGAGGAGACCAAGUACAACCCGCGUCUGACCAAAGAUGAGGUACGCUUCUUGUGGUUGAAAUCUUGUGUAGAACGAUGGUCCGAUUGAUGAUGCUCGUGGACACUGAUCUUGAGUUGGAUGGGGAUUUCUUCUUCUUCAUCUUCCUCUCUCUUCCUUUCCUCUAAUGGUGUCACACAGAGAGGGAGAGAGAGAGAGAGAGAGAGAGAGAGAGAGAGAGAGAGAGAGAGAGAGAGUUGAAUAAAUCUUCUGGCCAGUCCACCCCCUCGAGUCCGUAUCAUAUAAAAUGCGCCGUUUCGGAUCUCCUUCUUGCUCAGAUUGCCAUAUAAAUGCCGUCUCUGAUCUCGCUCUUUACAUCUGCAUGAUUUUAUAUCGUUAUCUGUUCAUUUAAUUGUUCUACUGCAUAAAUAAAUCAUUUAGCCUUGAAAAUACGGACCCUUAGAAAGAAAAUAAAAUAAAAGAAAAUAAUUGAUUUUUUAAAUCAAGUUGCUAGCUAAUUAUUUUUUGUUUUUUUUUGUUUUUCGUGUUGGGUUGAUGUUCUUUCGCAGGAGGGGUUCAAGAACAUCAUGGAGAGUAAGUUCCUUUCCCCUCGAUGUGCCACGUAGGAUUUUUUAUAUUAUCAAAGUGGGCCCCACGAGGAACCUCUCUGAUAAGCUUGCUUCCCCCGCAGAUCUGAACCUGCCGUACCCGAAGAUGAUCGACGUGGCCGUGCCGGCAAACCUCGUCUGCGGCCUCCAGGACGUCACCCUCUCCGCCAUGUAA